AUGGAUUCAUCAACUCUCUGUUUUUUGUUACUUGCCUUGCUUGGAUUUGUUUAUGUCAAGAGGCAAAAUUCAAUAAAUAGAAAAAUUCAUGAAAACCCUUCGAAAUUGGAUGCUGGUAAGGGAUCUUCAACUGAGACCUCUGAUGACUUAGAUGAUGAAACUAUGGAUCAAUCUAUGGACGGUACCGGUGAAGAUGAUCCAAUAUUAAAUGCAGUAAGGACAGCCAAAAGAAACGUUACACCUGAUAUGAUAGAGAUAGUACAAACCAUGGCACCAUCAUUACAUGUAGACCAAAUUAGAUACAGUCUAGAAAAGACUGGUACAAUUGAGGGUACAAUUGAGGCAUAUUUAGCUGGUCAAAAAUUACCUUUCCCACCAGAAAAACAUACUGAAAAAUCUGAAAUUGUUAACGAACAGAAAACUGAACAAAAUGAAGAUUAUUCAAUUUCAGAUGAAGAAGAUAUUGAAUUAGAGGAAUAA